AUGGGCCUCUUCAAGCGGUCUGCAAUCCACGCGGACGCCAUUUCAUCACCACCACCUACACCUCCAGCAGCAGAGGCCGACGCGAAGAUCGACGUCGUCCGCGAGGAAACCGCCGAUUGCCACCAAUCCCAAUGGAAACUCAACAAAGCAGGCAAUGGCGACGCCGCCAUGACGCUCUUCAAUUCCCCCGAAGAAAUCCACGAGCCCGUCGAUUCCCGCGAAGAGGAGCGAUUGGUGAGGAAGAUUGAUUUCAUGAUCCUACCGUAUCUGGCUGUCUGUUAUGCUUUCUUCUACAUGUGAGUUUGGAUGCAGCAAGAAUUUGAACGAGAUGACAUAGAGGGUGUGUGGGUGGGUGAAUUGCUGAUGAUGGUGGUGGUGGUGGUGGUGGUGGUGGUGGUGGUGGUGGGCAGUGAUAAGACGACGCUCUCGUAUGCGGCGAUAUUUGGGAUUCGUGAGGAUCUCGGAUUAAAAGGGGCGGAGUAUAAUUGGCUUUCUUCGAUUGUAAGGGCAUCACAUACACCACCACUACUACUACUUUCUUCUGGUGGAGAGAGAGAGAGAGAGAGAGAGAGAGGGGGGGGAGAGGGUAUGGAUACUAAUUGUCCUAUUCCAGUUCUAUUUCGGUUUCCUCGCCUGGGCCCUCCCGACGAACCUCCUCCUCCAACGCCUCCCCGUGGGCAAGUAUCUCGGCUCUCAGAUCUUCCUCUGGGGCUUCUUCCUCAUGCUACAGGCCGUCGCCAAGAAGUUCUCCACGCUCGCCGCUCUGCGUGCCCUUGCGGGCGCCGCGGAGGCCUGUAGCGAUCCGGCUUUCAUGCUCGUCACGGCCAUGUGGUAUACCCGGCGUCAGCAGCCGAUUCGCAUGGGUCUAUGGUACACCGCGAACGGGCUGGGGAUCGCUCUGGGCGGGUUACUUGGUUUCGGCAUCGGGAAUAUCAAGGGCAAACUGGCGAGUUGGAAGUAUGAAUUCUUGAUCGUGGGGGCUCUGUGUUGCAUUUGGGGGAUCGUGAUGAUGAUUUUCCUGCCUGACAGUCCGGUCACUGCGAAGGGGUUGUCGCCGCGGGAGAAGAGGAUCGCGGUGGAGAGGUUGCGGGAGGAUCAGACGGGGGUGGAGAACAAGAGGUCAGUCAGUCCAUCCCACGUCCCGUCCAGAAACAGAAACAGAGACGAGGACGACGCGUGCGUGCGUGCGUUGCUAAAAACGAGGUGUGAUGAAGUUUCAAAUGGUACCAAGUCCGCGAAGCGCUGCAGGACUAUAAGCUCUACCUCUUCUACCUCCUCGGCCUCGUCAGCAACGUCCCCAACGGCGGCAUUUCCAACUUCGGCACCCUCAUCCUCCACGGCUUCGGCUUCCCCCCCCCUCACCACCACCCCCUACUACAAAUCCCCUACGGCGUCCUCAUCGCCCUUUCCAUCCUCUGCUGCGUCUACACCAACGAUUACCUAUCCUCACAUGGUAGUAGACAGACCCGCUGCUAUGCCAUCUGCCUCUUCCUCGCCCCCAACCUCGCCGGCGCCCUCGGCCUCCGCUUCCUCCCCCCGCACCCGCACCCGCACAACAGCCCCGCCCGCCUGGCCUGCUACUACCUCACGGGCCCCUACAACGCCGCUUUCUGCCUCCUCCUCAGCCUCACGACCGCCAACACCGCCGGGCACACGAAGAAAGUCCUCACCAACGCCGUCAUCUUCCUCGGCUACUGCACCGGCAAACAUCGUCGGUCCGUUUUUCUAUCUGCAAUCCCAGGCGCCCGGGUAUCACUUGGGGAUCUGGUCCAUGAUUGUCAGUCACCUGCUCGAGGCGUUCCUCGUGCUCUUGCUCAGGGGUUUGCUGGCGCGGGAGAAUCGGAAGCGAGAUGCGGUUCAGAGCUUGCAGGCGGGUGGGUUGGAGGGGAGGGAUUUGGAUGCGACUGCUUUUGGGGAUUUGACGGAUCGGGAGAAUUUGGUGAGUCCUUUUUCUUUUUUUUUUUUUCUUUUUCUUGCGCCCCCUCUUCCAAGCUGGGAUGGAAAUGAUGUUCCUUCUUCUUCUUCUUCUUCUUCUUCUUGAGGUCUGCUGUGGUUUUUUUCCUUUCGUUCCCUCGGCUGAUGAAAUCUUUCCUCCCUUUUUAGAAUUUUCGAUAUAUCUAUUAG